AUUUUUGAAUUUAGUUCUUUGGCACAUCUCGCUAGCGAAUGUCGCUUCAAUAAAUUUAUCGUUUUCGUAAAUUUUUAGUUUUAUUAAAUAAUUUAAAAAAAAACAUAAAAAAAUCAAAAAAAUCUAAUAAAAUGGGCGUACGACCAAGAAAAUAUAAACCGUUUUAUCCGACCACUGUGGGAUCAAAUUUACAUGAUCCGACAUUUCAAAAGCUUCCCUCGUACACAGUGCGUCCGAAACCUGAUCCAAUUAAUAAAAUCUGUUCACCUGGACCAGCAGCCUAUCCUGCAGAUCACGCACUAGUUGGACGAAAAAAGCAUCAAAAGGUUUCUAAAACAAUUUAUCCAGCAGAUCAGGCUCACAUUUACAGUUUGCGUAUCAAAGGGAAAGAUUUUAUGAUUGGAAAAAAUCCCGGACCAGCAGCGUAUCCCGUCGAAGAGAGUAGUGACAGAAGUCCUCUGCAGAUGUUGGCAUCUAUUUAUCCGAAAGACAAAGGCAACGUGUUCACCAUGAGGAAAAAGAAAGAUGAAAAGUACUUCACAGUAUCGCCAGGACCUGCGAUUUAUCCACGUGAAACCAAACGUGACGACCAAAUCAAUUCAAUUCAUCCUCAAGAUUUGUCAAACAAAUUCUCUAUGGUUCCUAGGAGAGAGUCAGUACUGAAAGUGCAAUCACCGGGACCGGCAGUUUAUCCGAAUAAAAACACCGGCGAUAUAAGUAAAAUUGCCACCAUUUACCCAACGGAAACACAGCUAGCGCCGACAUUCAAAAGGCUUUAUAAUACACAAGAUCGACAAAAGCGUCCAGCUCCCAAUGCAUAUCCUGUCAUUGCAGAAAAGCACGAUCCCAAGCGAUUUAAAAUAGAUUUUAUGAAAAAGAUGAGAGUGGGCAGAAAGGCUCCAGCGUAUUCUUUAGGAAUACGACAUACUCCCAGGCAACAGCUAUUAAUUAUGCCCGAUGAUGAAUAUUAGGUCUUAGGUAAAUAAAUGACGCCAAAAAUUGAUUCCUUUAA